AUGCCUGAUGCAAUGGUUGCAUCCGACUCCAAGAAGGUCGGAUCAAGUGAAGAAGGUUCGGUGGCAGCGGCUCAAACGAAGAAGGUAGCUCCAAGGGCGUCGAGGGAGGUGCUUAUAGGACUGCCGGCGGCGGCGACUCAAAGGGGGGGAGGUGGCUCCAAGAGUUUCGAGGGAGGUGCUUACAGGAGUGUUGGAGGCAGCUCCCACGGAGGUUGCUCUAGGGGCAUCGCGGGAGGUGGCGUCUCUAGGAGCUUCGGAGGUGGCUCCAGGAGCGUCGGUGGAGGUGGCUCCAGGAGCAUCGACUGA